AUGUCAUUUGACCCAAAGAAUUACGCCAAAUACGAGUUUUUCACCAUCAGCGCUCUCAGCGAAGGUGUAGCACACGUUCAAUACACCAACCCUAAAACUCUCAAUGCUUACACCAACCAAAACUGGAGAGACUAUGGAGAAAUCAUGACCAGAUUGGACAAGGAAGAGGACAUUUCCGUAAUUGUUAUUUCAUCAGGUGUUGCCAGAGCUUUUUCAUCGGGGUUGAAUAUCAAAGAAGGAGCAAUGACGAUGAAAUUCGAUGGAGCUACUGAAAAGGAAAGACUUGCCAAAUUUGAAGAGUUUAUUGUUGAGUUCCAAAACGCUUGUACUGUUCCGGCACGUAUCAGUACCCCCACCGUUGGGAUCUUAAACGGUAUCAAUUACGGAUUAGCCAUUGAUCUCGCUAGUGCCUACAGCAUCAGGAUCGGAGUUGAAGGGGCCCGGUUCUCCAUUGCUGAGGUCAACAUUGGUAUUGCUGCCGAUAUGGGGUCAUUACAGAGAAUGCCAGGUAUUGUCAACAACAAAUCGAAACUUUUCCAACACGCUUUACUUGGUGAUGUCUUUGAUGCUAAAGAGGCCCUUGAGAUGGGGUACCUUAGUACUGUUGUGGACUCUGUCGACAAAGGUCUUGAGUUGGCUGGUGCUUGGGGUGCUAGAAUGGCUCAAGCUCCACAAUGGGCUAUCAAAGGUACAAAGAAACAUAUUCAGGAUAUUUUGAGUGGAAAAUCAACUGACGAGGGUUUGGCUGAUAUUGCAAAGUACAACGCCGAAAACAUUAUGCGCGUGAUGAAGUUGUAA